GCCAUUGCUCGAAUUUGUACGCGAGGCCGCCUCAAUUAUUCAAAUUUUCACAAUCGCCCCCACACGUUCAAUUCAACAGCUCACAGAGAAACCAAUCACUGUAAUAAAACAGUAGCAAAAGAAAAAGAAAUCAAAGAAAUGGUCUGGGCAUGUUUCAAUCUUAAGUAUGUUGACCAGCUUCGAACUCAAUACCUUCCAAGGUCUGCUUUCAGCACAAAAAUCCCUCCUCAAAUCCACCCACAAUGCAAAGCAAAUUGGCCAGUCAAUUCAUAAAUGCGGGCACAAUUUGCAGUUGAUGAAGCAGAGAAGAGAAGAUCUCGAAUCGGUGGUUGCUCCUUUGCUUUCUCUUUCCAGAGAAUCUCAGAAUUUGAUCAAAUGUAUUAAGAAUGCGGUUGCAUCUGCCGUGGAAGUUUUGGCGGCCAUGAUGUCGGUCAGAGAAUUGAGAAACACUCUAGUGGGAGAUGAUCCUGGAGCCAGUGUGGAAGGCUAUCUGGGAGCUGCUCUUAAGCUUGAAGGUUACUUGAAUUUCGUUGCAGAGAAUCUACCACUCGCGUUGAGCCAGCUGGAAGAGGCCGUUCGGGUCUCCAACUCCAGUCCUCUGGUUGACGAGUAUACAAUGGAGAGACUAAACAAUUGCAUUGAAGCUUUAUGGAGGAAUUCAAAGGAGGGUGAUCAUGAUGGUGAUAGCAAACGGCUGUUGGACAUGGCAGCACAGAAGCUGGAAUCUUCAUUCAAUCUGGUUCUAACUGACUUCACUGUAAGUUACAGAAAGACCUCAGAACUCCUAACAUCACAAGGAGAACAAACUUUGAAUUUUGAUGUUUUUAUGAAUGGAAACUUAAAAACCGUUAAGGAGAUUGCACAGUUCCUGAAGAGAAAUGGCAGAGCUCAGCAAUGCUUUAAAAUGUACUGGGAUGUUAGGGUUAGAAUAGUGAAGGAUAGUUUCCAAAACAUGAGACCCUACUAUUUAAGCUAUAAUUCUGAAAAUCUCAAAGGUCUAGACUGGGCUGAUUUGGAAGGGCAGUUUUCAGAUUGGUUGGCGUUAUUGGAUGUGGGAGUGAGGGAACUGUUGUGGCCUGAAAGGCAGCUGUGCUAUCAGAUAUUUGAGGGCUUUGAUGAGGAGGCAUGGACAAGGUGUUUUGGCAAAUUGGCCUUGGUGGGGGGGAUGGAUGAACUUAUUCGGUUUGGGGAGGCUAUCGUUGCGAGCCAGAGAGAACCGCAAAUGGUCUUUAAACUUUUGGACACUUUUGAAAGGCUAGAGAACUUGAAGGGAGAUUUAGAGAAAGUAUUUGGAGGCUAUGGAUGCAUGGAAACAAGGCUUCGUUUCAGAGAGCUUCAGAAGCAGUUGGCCCACAGUUGUUGCCAGGUGCUUUUGGGCUUUACAAAGAAGGUGGAGGAGGAUUCAGGUUUUCCUGCGGAUGGUGAUCUGCUUAAGAUCACUAGAUAUGUUGUCAAUUACCUCAAGUUUUUGGUUGGUGAAUACCGCCUUGUGAUGGUAUGGGUUUUGGAAAUGGAAGGGAUGGAAAACCCUGAAAUGAAGCUUUCUCAGAUGGUAGAGGAUGUUUUUAGUGCUUUGGAAAGGAGCUUGGAAGGGAGAUCAAAAGGGUAUGCGGAACCGGCACUUGCCCAUCUAUUUUUGAUGAAUAAUUACUGGUAUAUAUUCAAGAGGGUUAGGGACAGUGAGCUGGCAUUUUUGGGAGAGAUGUGGCUCAAGGAGCGGAAACGAUGGGUUAAUCAGCAGCUUUUGGGUUAUGAGAAACACGAAUGGGGACCUGUUCUUGUGCAUAUGAACAGGGAAGGAUUAGCUGCAUCUACUGGCAGCAGAGGAGCAACCAAGGAGCUGUUUAAGCAAAGGCUCAGUGCAUUCAACUCAGCACUUGAUCAUAUUCGUGAAGCACAUCGACAUUGGGUGAUAUCUGAUGAUGAUCUGAGAGAGGGAACUCUUGUUAAAAUUACACAGGUUCUUGUUCCUGCUUAUAGAAACUUCACUGAAACUUAUGGCCAUUUAUUGGACAAUAAUGCCAAUAGAAAUAGGUACCUGAGAUAUACCCCAGAGAAACUAGAAGACUUGCUGGCUAAUAUUUUCAGUGAAAAAUCCCACGAUAUGCCAAAUGAAGUUGAGUUUACCUAAUAAAACUUGAUAUGAUAAAUUGGUUGUUUUUGUCUCUUGCCAGCUAAUGUUGAUUUAUGGAAAAGGAAUGGCAUAUUGCCAUUCCUUGCUUGCACAUGCUGACUUAACCUGUCAUAUCCGGGUAAAGAUUACAGGAUUAAAGGAAAGUAUUCCAAUUUCUCCAAUCUAAAACAGGUAGCUGGACAAUCUGGGAAUAUUGAAUUUCUUUUCUUUACAGUUCAGAAGCUUGGUCCGUGCAUCAUUACUAACUGGAUACCCAUUCGAGAAGGCAUCCUUGGUUUUUAAGUGAAGUCUUGGCAGUAGAGAAACUGAAUGUAAAGUUUUUGGUAACAGCUAAGUGAUUUUCUAAUUUGUGUUUAUGUGAAUCAACCAACUAUUUUUGUAAGAAAGGAUAGUUAAAGUGGAGACCCUAGUUUGUCUAGGGUAGAUGGUAUCAUCACUUCCUAAUAUGAUUUCGUUGAUAUA